AUGGCUCUCACUGCCUCCACCGCAAAUGCCUUUCUUUCAACCACUUCUCGUCCUCAAGCAACCAGUACUACUCUUUCCGUCGCCGCAAGCAUCGAUUUGAUGCAGGAAACCGAUGCCAUCUUUGACAGUAUCGACAUCAACCAAGAUGGAACCAUCACACGAGAAGAACUCUGCAAUCACUUGACCGAUACCAUGGGAUAUGCCCCCGACUCGGCCCAGUGCCGCUAUCUCUUUGAUGCCGUCGAUGGGGACAGCAGCGGCGAAAUCUCCAAAGACGAGCUACGAGCUGCCUUUUUCCAAAAUGAUGGUAGCAUGACACGUCUGUACACGGCCUUUGGCAUGGGGGGAGUCCGCAUCGAGAACGCUCCGUCCUUUCCCGACCGAGUGCUGGAAACCGAUGGUCCGUUGUCACUCGACGAUUUGGCCGACAUGGCAUUUGACUUGAUCGAUGUGGAUCGCAGUGGGACGAUUGAGCCAGACGAAUUGCGACAACACGUGGUCGCCGUAACCGGGGACAAGAAAGGGACCGAGGCGCAAACGCAAGAAUACGUUGACACUAUCUUUUCCGUGUUGGAUCGGAAUCUAGAUGGAGUUGUCAACCGAGAAGAAAUGAGGGAUGCCUUUCAACAGCACGAUUCCCGAUUCUUGUACUCGACUCUGGGGUUGCCAGUGUACAAAAAGAGAAACAUGAUGUAA